AUGAACGUAGAUCGACACGACAUUCGCGAAUACAUCGGAGUGGAUCCAGAAAUAGAGACGAUCGGCAUCGUCAGCAACGUGCUUCCUCGAGAGAAGCUCGAUCGUCUGCGUCGGGACACUCGUACCACCACGAGAAACGCGCUUCAUCAAGAGAAGCUCGGCCGUCCACGUCGGGACACCCGGGUCACCAUGAGAAACGUGCUUCAUCGAGAGAAGCUCGACCGUCUGCGUCACCAUGAGAAACGUUCUUCGCCAAGAGAAAUACGACCGUCUACGUCGGGGCGCUCGGAUCAUUAUGAGAAAAAUGCUUCGUCAAGAGAAGUGCGACCGUCUAUCUCUGCUUAUUUGGACUCCCUGGAGAAUGACACGAAAGAAGAUGCGGAAAUAAUUUCCGUAAGAGGACCGUUAGCUCGUGGGUGGUGUCAGGUCGACGAAGAGGAACCUACUGCUUCAUCAUCAGAUCCUGGAUCCACUUCCAAAGCAGUCUGCGAUGAUGACCCAAUGGCGAAGAAUACCUCUGGAACUGUGAAUCCCGAUUCAGCAAGGCGUAGGUCUCAUUUGAAUGAUGGAAAUGGCGACAAACCGGACGGACCCAGCAGGUAUAGCAAAACCUCGUCUCCUUCAAAGAGGAAAGAUUCCCGCACAAGCUCACCAUUAUCCACAAAAGAUGGCUCUUCUACAUUUGGAUCGCCCAGGAGAAGAGAUCAUGAAUCAAAUCGCGAUUCGGAACAAAGUACCAAACGGAGGAGCAAAUCACCACAACGGAAGUCGUCGAACAAUCAACAGCAGAGGAAUGGGACCGCCAUGGGCGUCAAAGAGAAGAUUCCAUCGUUGUUGGACAUGUGCGUUAAUGGACUGGACACGAAACGGCCAUCAACUCCAAUCUCACUGUUCGACACCAUUCGCGACAGCUCGCAGUUCGCCAAUGAUAGCUUGCAAGGAGAACGAUGUACUGUGAACGGCAAAGAAAGCGACAGAAAUGGGACGAAAAGUCGCUCAUUGCUCGAUAUGGACAUUCCCCCUCCAGAUCGUAAUGUGAUGCGUCGAUAUGCGAUUGUUCUGAAUAGUUACGAGCUGACUAAACGACGUAUUAACGUCCGAUCAGGGAGUCACAAGCAAGACCUGCCGUCAAGAAGUCCGCUGAAGUCACCUCCAAGACGAAAUGAUCGUUAUGAUCGUCGACCGCGUUCGUAUAUUCAUGGAAUUCGCAACUAA